GUCUGACGCCGUGUGGCGCUACUACAGCGCACUGUUUACGGCACAGAAGACAAAGCAACCAACUCAAUUACAACACUGGAUCAACCAUACGCUUUAUUUAACCAUUUCACAACCGAAAGUCGCAUAAGUAAACCUCAGGAUAUAAAGAUUCUACAAAUGAAUACAAGUGAUUUAUGCUGUCUUAAGUGGAGCUCCUUCUAUCUGUGGCAUCAGUUCUCCAAUAUAACAUGUCUAACAUGUAAGUAAACACUUGGAUGGAGAAAGCCACACUCAUGACACUUGGAGACUUAAAAAAGCUGCUUUGAAUAGAGGACAUUUUCUUUCCCUGCAGAAUUUUUUUCUGCAAUAAUGGACAGUGAAGACAGCCUCUCACAAAAGACUGAGGUUGCAAGCCAUAGGCAUAAUGGCUCCAAAGAUAACAAAAGAAUUGAGGCCAAAGGAACCUGUUUAAAAAUCGAAGGGAAAGAUGGGUAUGUGUUCAAAUCAUACAGAAUUACUCCUCAAGAGAUACUGGAAUCAGAGUUUCAUACCUGUCCCUCUGAGACACUGGCAAAAGACUCUUCUUUGGUGUCUUUAUCAUUUGAGUCCACAGAGGAAGAUGGAUCUUCUGAGGUUGAAAGGCUUUCAACUGAGGAUUCGACAGCAGAAUCUUGUGAAAAGCAUGAUUCUCAAACAUCUCCAAAUAUUUCAAAUAAGAGCCAGAACACUGAAAUAAAUAACUCAGAAACUGAAACAAGUGUAUGCAUCAAAGCAGAACCAAAAGUAACAGGUGAAAAUGCUCAGGAUGAUGAAAAGCUAGCAUUUGAUGGAACAUUUGGGCCCUUUGCCACCAGGGGUUAUGAUGAUGAUUAUGGUAGCUUGUUCAGUGGCUAUUCAAGUACUCUUUAUGAUGUUGCAAUGGAUGCUGUGACACAAAGCCUUCUGUCAUCCAUAAGAAGUCCCCUUAACCCUAGAAAAAAAUCUCCUGCUUGGAACCAUUUUUUCAUAUCACCACGUGAUAGUACCAAAGCAAUCUGUAUGUACUGUAUGAAAGAGUUCAGUCGGGGUAAAAAUGAGAAAGACCUCAGUACUAGCUGUUUAAUGAGGCAUGUGCGAAGAGCUCACCCCAGUGUUCUUCUGCCAGACAGUGACUCAUUAAAUAAUUUGUCCAAUAAUUCAUCUUUAAUACCUCCCAACAUAUCACCAAACAAUGGAGAUUUGCCUGCAAGCAUGAAGUCCUCAACAGAAAACCAUACUCAACUGUCCUCCUUUCUAGUUGAGGCCACAGACAUGGUGCCCAAAGAGUCUUUACAAAAAGUAAAACCAAAAGGAGAAAAGAGUGUCAAGGGUGACUCUAUUGCUGUUCAGUCCCCACAUUCCUUUAACAACCAUAAUGAGGAUGCUACAGACUUUGGGACUGAAUGCCCUGGAUCAGCCCCUAAGAGCUCAAGUUCUCGGCGGCGUUCAGCAGUGUGGAAACACUUUUAUUUAUCCCCUGCUGACAGCUCAAAAGCAGUGUGUAUUCACUGUAUGAAUGAGUUCAGUCGUGGAAAAAACGGGAAAGACCUGGGGACGAGUUGCCUUAUUCGCCACAUGUGGCGAGCCCAUAGAGACAUAGUCAUUGAUGAAAAUGGGCAGGGCUCAAGCAUUCCUCCGCCUUACACGACUCCACCAACACUGCUUUCACGCACACAGGAUUCCACAGAUGUCAAAAAGGAAUCCCUCUGUACCUCACACAACCCAGAUACCAUAUCAGACAAAAUGCCCAAUGAUGACAGUGAGAACAUGACUCUUGAAGAUGAGAAUGAUGCCACAUAUCAGUCCAGAGAAGAGUCCUCAAUUGAUCAAUGUUUACUGAAAGGGGAAAGCAUACCACUGUCGUCCUCUCCAGAGGAACACACUGAUGGGCACAGCAUAAUAUCUGAAGAUCAAAGCUCAGUUUUUCAACAAAAUAAGAAAAUUAUGAAACGGGUGAAAUCAGAAGUAUGGCAUCAUUUCAUUGUCUCCCCCGUUGACCAACUCAAAGCUUUGUGUCGGUAUUGUCCCUGUGUCAUAAGUCGUGGUAAAAGAGGAGACUUUGGCACAAGCUGUUUAAUGCGACAUUUAAUGCGGCGACAUCCUGAUGUUUUAAAAACCCCAAAAAGCACAAGUGAUAAAGUUUCCUCACCCCAAUCACCCCACUCCAAUCAUGCAGCCGAGGACUUGGCAACAGAUACCCUUGCUGCUGAGAACAAACCCCACACCUUGCCCAUUUUCAGCAAAAAGACUUCAAAACUAUGGAAUCACUUUUCUAUUUCAUCUGCAGACCCAACAAAGGUAGUCUGUUUGCACUGUAGCCGCACAAUUAGCAGGGGAAAAAAGACAACAAAUUUAGGCACUAGCUGCUUAUUUAGGCACAUGCAGAGAUUUCAUGGCCAUGUGCUUGAAAAUAAUAGCAAUAUCUCAGGUGAUGGGCCAUCUGCUGAAACUCAAGUUAAGCAGGAGCUCAUGGACAUUUCUACUUAUCAGGAAAACGCAGAAAAGUUCAGUGAAUGCCACCCAGCUGCCAAAAAAAUCACCAAACUCAUUGCAGAAAUGCUUGCACUGGAUCUUCAGCCAUCAACUGUAGUGGAAAAUGUUGGCCUGAAUCGCUUACUGGAAUACCUCCAGCCACAGUAUUCUUUACCUCCCUCAUCCUAUUUUACCAGCACAGCAAUCCCAGAAAUGUAUGAAAGUGUUAAAGAAGUAGUUCUUACCCACCUCAAGGAAGCUGAAGGUGGAAUCAUUCAUUUCACAACAAGUGUUUGGAUAGGCAGCCAAACUCAAGAGUACUUGAUUCUUACAGCCCACUGGGUGUCAUUUGAGUCUCAAGUUCUGCCUCAGGGGCAAGAUUUCCACUGCUCGGCCCUCCUUGGUGUUGCCUCAAUUGACUGUGACUACAAUAUGCUGAACAUACAGAAGCAGCUUGAAUAUCUUUGGGACACUUGGAUGGGUUCCUCAGGCCUUAAAAUUGGAUUUACUGUAACAGAUAAUCAAACAAUUAGAAAUGUUCUGGAGAGCUGUGACCACACCACCAUGCAGUGUUUUGUCCAUAACAUAGAUCUGAUUGUUAAUGAAGCCAUAAAAAGCCAGAGGAUGGUUCAGAACUUGCUUAGUAUUGCUCGAAAAAUCUGUGAAAGAGUGCAUCGUUCUGCUAAAGCAAAAGAGAAGUUGGCGGAGCUACAAAAAGUAUAUCAGUUACCUGAAAACCAACUGGUUCAAGAUGUUCCAUCGAAGUGGAAAACAUCCUACUUUAUGCUUGAGCGAUUAGUAGAGCAAAAGAAAGCAAUUGAUGAGAUGUCAAUCGAGUGCAAUUUCAGGGAACUGAUAAGUUGUGACCAGUGGGAAGUGAUGGGGUCAGUCUGCAACGCUCUUAAGCCUUUUGUGGUAGCCUGCAGGGAGAUGAGCAAUCGCACUGCAACACUAGGUCAGGUCAUUCCACUCAUUCACAUACUCAACCGAAAGAUAGACAUGCUUUUUGAUGAGACCAUGGGUAUUGACAAUAUGCUCAAGUCUUUAAAAGAGGCAUUGGUGACAAGAAUGUCCCCUACACUUCAUGAUCCCAGGUACAUAUGGGCAACCAUGUUGGACCCGAGGUACAAGACCUCCCUCUUUACUGAGGAAGAAGCGGAGCAGUGUAAGCAUGACCUCAUACAAGAGCUUGAGGUGUCUACAUCUAAUUCUGCAGAGACGAAGACACCUUUGUCAAAUGGAUGCAGUGAAAUACCUGCUUCAUCAAACAGCUUGGCCUCAAACAAAGAGAACCUCUGGUCUCUUAUGGAUGACAUUAGACAGAAAAUCAAGCAAGAGGAGAAACCAAAAUCACUGGAGCUUGCUGUUCUUGAGUAUUUGGAGGAGGACAUUCUUGACCAGAGUUGUGAUCCUUUAGAUUAUUGGAACCUAAAGAAGUUACUGUGGCCAGAUCUUGCCAAAGUAGCUGUACGCUAUGUGGGUUGUCCACCCAGCAUUGUACCAGCAGAUACACUUUUUAGCACAUCAACUGUCAACUGUGCCCUGAAUCAGUCCCGACCAUUGCUAGAAAAUUUCGAAGGACUUCUAUUUUUAAAAGUCAACCUUCCUUUGAUAUAUUUUCAGUACUGAAUAUUGUGUUUUAAUAUUUUCAAGUCUGUUUUAUGCUCUGAACCUCAGCCUUGGACCACUCAAGUUACUUUUUUGAGAAGGCCUAAUUACUUACAAAUCUUUUUUUUUUUCUCUCUCUCUCUCUCUCACUAUUUGUCUCUGAGGUUCAUAUUCAAAAUAUCAUUUGGAUGCUAUUUAACUUGAAUAUUUUUUUUUAGCUGGUUUGAAUAAGAUUGUAAUGAGUACUACUGUUGAGUACACUUGAUAACUGGAGUCUUAUUCCUGGUGAAGUGUUUUCAGGGAGGGAGGGUUAUCUAGCUGUAUGGUUAGUUACUGUUUGUUGCUGUAUUUAGAUUUUAUUUUAUAAAUAUAUUUUGUCUUCUCUCUCCUUGUGCCUUAUACAAACUACUUCAGGUCAACAUGCUGUAAAUAUAAACUGAUGUGCAAAGCAAGUCAUAGUCUUCUGAUUUAAAUGAUUUUAUAAAAUGAAACGUACAUGAUGAAUACUGUUUUAUAUAUAUAUGAUUAUAUACAUGGCCCAAAAUAAAUGCUGUGACAGAUGUUUUAAAUGUAUUUUAUUUAAUUAUUUUGUGAUUUUUGUGGCUUAUGGUACUGUUAGAAUUAUGGUUAUUUUUAUUUUUGUAUUAUUAUUUUAUAAUUUUUUUUGGCAAAUGAUUUUGUAUGUUAAUGUACAUAAUGCUGUACUUUUCAGGUUCAAAUGUUUUGAAAAAUUGUCUUAAGCACAAAUCAGUUUUUAUAUAAAGGGUUAAAUUAUGGGACAUCAAGGAAAUGUACUGUACAAUUUAUAAAUGGUUUCUAAAAUAUAAUUUGAUAGGAAGAAUUCAGACUGGAACAAUUAGUUGUUUUGUGUUCAUUUGUAAAUAAAAUAUUACACUUUGAAAC